AUGCGCCUACUCAAAACCGACACGUUUGAACUCGUUGAGUUUGUGGGUGAAGAGAUCCCAAAAUAUGCCAUCUUGUCGCAUACAUGGGAAGGAAAAGAGGUCAGCCUCCAAGACAUUCAACAACCCGAUGCUCCCAUCUGGUUAAAGACAGAUAAGCCGCCUACUCCAGCUUGGGCGAAGGUCAAGCACGCGUGCCGUCAGGCAUGGAGAGACAAGUUUGAAUAUAUUUGGAUCGAUACCUGCUGUAUCGACAAGUCAAGCAGUGCCGAGUUGCAGGAGGCCAUCAAUUCCAUGUUCGCGUGGUACCGGAAGUCGGCCCUCUGCUAUGCUUUCCUCUCCGAUGUCCGGAAGCCCAGCGGAUCCACCGACCCAUCAAGUUUUGAUAUCACUCGUUCGCGUUGGUUCACAAGAGGCUGGACCUUGCAGGAGUUACUGGCCCCUGACCUUCUGUAUUUCUACGAUGCUUCCUGGGAGUUGUCAGGCUCGCGUAGCGAUUGGGCAGAAAGUAUCUCGAAAGCAACCACGAUUCCAGUCGAUUGCCUAGCUGGCUCAGAGUAUGGCGAAGGUGAUGUGUACAAUCAGGAGAAAAACGGCUCCCUCGUGCGGAUACCGAAAACCAGGAAAAGCAUCGAAGAGAAGCUUCAGCAAACCACGGUGGCUGCGAGGAUGUCGUGGGCCGCCAACAGACACACCACCAGAGUUGAGGACCAGGCGUACUGCCUGCUCGGGCUGUUCGAUAUUAAUAUGCCUAUGCUCUACGGCGAGGGCAAGAAGGCCUUCAUGCGACUACAACACGAGAUCAUGAAAACAUAUGAUGAUGCCACCAUUCUCGCCUGGGGUUAUGGCAUGCCUCUCGACCGUGAUACAUAUGUGGAUACGGCUGAUGGAUAUGUUGCGCAUGAUCUUGAAGUGUACCGUCGACACCUACGUGAGCAAGCAUGCAAAACCAGACCUCGUCCGCUAUUGGCCACAUCUCCUGCGGAUUUCCGGUUUGCCGGAAAUCUCAAAAGAUAUAACGGUUCCCCAAGCCUGCCACUCGAAUUCGCCAUCAGCCAGCGGGGUCUAAUGCUGGAUGGCCUCUGGGGCUUUGACACACGUUAUUGUCUCCAAUACCUCUUUCUUCCCUGCACUGAUGCCGAUAGGAUCCUGGCUCUUCCAAUGCUUUCCCUGUUCAGCAUCUAUCGUUCUCAAACCUACCACGAUAGAACCCUGGCGAACUCUCUUUGUGUACCUCUAGUAACGACGGGUGCAGGCAGAAUCACGACACACUAUCGUGACUGUUUGUCGUUAAUAAAAAGAGAAAAUAACUACCUCAUGGACAAUUAUAACGCCCUGACACUACUACCAUCAAUACCUGAUCAAUUCUAUGGCAGCCGGACUUUAGAACAGCCACAUCGGUUCGUCAUCCUUAGAACUGCGACGGCCCCCAAAGCCACAAAGGUCGACGCUUACCACGCGGAUAGUUGGAGCAAUGGGUGGGCAAAAUACGCCUUGCAGCCAUCCGAGACCCCCUCACAUAGUCUAUUAUUUAUCUUGAACAUUGAUGGUAAGAGGAUACUGCUGGUAUUGGGUAUGUGGAGUGGCGGGGAGGUGCCUAGGUCCCUGGCGUGCCACUCUGCGAUUUUGGGUGCAAAAGAGUUGGUGAGACCUACACUGACCGAGCUCACUUCACUUUCGAAAGAAUUUACGACGGUCGCUCGUCGGGUGUCUUCUCUUACACUUCAAUUAGCGGCCUCUGAGCCGUACAUUAACUUCAGGUUACAACCAGGGUUGGAGUUGUGGGUAAGAUGGUGUAGAUCCUAA